GUUGUUGCAGUGGGGCCUAUGGGAGACCCUAUCCGUCAGAUAAAUCGAUGCGGCCCUGCGUCCUGUGAUACCGCGGGUUUAUUGUCUGGAACUGACGCACCGAACAGCGGACUUCGGGCGCGGGGUCCCGCUCUCAUAUUACCAUCAGCUGGAACUCACGGGGCCCUGAUUUGUGCCGGACCCGCCUCGUGCUUUAACCGGUGCCUUACCGAAACCAAAGCGGCCGCGUCGUCGCCUGCCUGUGCUGUGCGGGCGGCUUUAGUAUGAGCAGCUUAUCGGUAUUAGCGCCUGCUGCUCGGUGUGCCCCCCCGGGGUGGGUGUGCACUGUCGACGCUGCUACUGUCUCUUUAAAUUUACCCAGGAGCCCCUUAAGGAGCCCCAGGGGCCCCUAGUCCGGCUCCCCACCCUGAAGACAAGCAAGAGCCUUAAAAUACAUGAGAGGAGGCCUGCGCUGAGGCGCUUCUCACGGGGCUGGACGGAGGAGCGGCUCGGUUCUCCGGUGGGUUCAGGAUUGUCUGAUUAUAUGAAAAGUUAACUUGGCUCCCGUGCGGGGCGCGUGGGGGGACAUCGUAGCGCACGGGCUCCUCUGCGAUGGGCUCGUUAUAGAGCUCGUGCCAGAUGCGUGUCGAACCGUGCCGAGCGUUCUAACAUGUUACACUGUGACAUGUCCCGCUUCAGCGUUACGAUACAGUGAAGGAAGGAGGGACAGCGGCCACUAUUAAAGCAGCAGCCAGGCAGUAAUGGAAGAGAAAGACACGGGGGGAAGCCAGCCCGUGGACCUCCGGUGUACCGAGCAGGCUGAGCUGCUCUCAUUAAUAAUAAGCGGAGAGGAGGAAGCGACGCAAGAGGAGAGUGACUUGGGAGAAGAGGACGGUCUCGCUAACGGCCAUGUUGAGGAGGAAUCAGAGGCUGGUUUGGUCACCCCGGUCCGGUCUCCAGGGACCAGUUACUGGAGCAUCACAGAGGGUCCAGACCACCCUCUCCUCCUCUCCCCGGCCCCAGGACCUUCUGGACGGAAACCCAGGGUCCAGCGGGCCUCACGUCCAGGUCUCAGUCGGAUUCCGGGCCGCGACCACCGACGUUACUACCAUGAGUACUGGCGCAGCGAGUACCUGAUGGACUUCGACCCCCAGCGUCACGGGAUGAUCUGCAUGGUGUGCGGCAGCUCGCUGGCCACCCUGAAGCUCAGCACCAUCAAGAGGCACAUCAGGCAGAAGCACCCGGACUCCCUGUUAUGGAGCACGGCCGACAAGGAGGUGAUCCGAUCCGGGUGGGAGAGCCACCUGAGCCUGGGAGGCGGUCAAAGGUCAUACAGCUCCACUGUGGCUCCUUUGACCCAGGGAGAAGAUGAGCUGGUGGACUCAGGCCAACAUGCAGCCGAGCAGCCUGACCCAGUGACGCCUCAGGAACAGUCACAACAGUCCCUCAGUCUGUCUCCACACUCUGAGGAGGGUGAAGCCCCCCAGCCCCAGGACCAGGACCAAGACCAGGACCAGGACCAAGACCAAGAUGUCGCCGGUCCAUCCGCCCGGACCCUGGAGCGCUACCUGAACGACUCGCUGCACGCCUGGUUCCGCCAGGAGUUCCUGAUGGAGUACGAAGCAGAAGCCGGCCGACUGCUGUGCAUGGUGUGUGGAGGAGAACUGCCCUCCCUCCACCUGGACCACAUCAAGAGGCACGUGCUCGACACCCACCCAAACUCCUUGGUCUACAGCUCCGAGGAGAAACACUGCAUCCUGCAGGCCUGGGCUCAGACUCACGAAGAGGCACAAAACUCAAUCAAAUCAGAGCCCGACACCAAAGACAGCGGGGCGGACCUUUUUGCUCAGGAUGUGGAGGCCAUCCAGAUCAACUCAGACUUAUACCCAGAAGGUGAUGGCACUUUAACUCAGGACACUUGUCUCAUUGGAGAGGACGGAAGUGUCGGAGCUCCUCAACAGGGACCCCAGCCCCUCCGCCAACCCAGGAAGAGGCGUCUGCGCGGUGGCGACCCGUGGCGGCUGCGCCUCGACUACCUGGUGGCCUACGGGCCUCAGGGUCGGGGCACCUACUGCAUGGUGUGUUCUCAGGUCCUGCACGAUACCAAGGUCAGCAGCUUCCGCCGCCACAUCCAGGAAAGUCACCCGGAGACCACCACCCUGAGCAGACAAGAGAGAGAAGCCAUGGCUGCUGCCUGGACCAAAGAUUACUCCAGCGAGGGCACGCAGAGUCAAGAAGAAAUCAACCUGGGCAAAGCUGACGUCCUGAAUACCACAGAGGGGCCGAACGAGGACACCUCCCCUGACGUUCAGAUGUGCAGUAAGACGGUGAAGAAGGAGGAGGAGGGUGGGAGUGGGGGGAAGGGGAAAUCCAGCGCGGCCACGUCCUCCCGUCACGGCCACUACCCCGGUAAAGACCAGCGCAGGAACUACCAGACGCGCUGGCGGACGGAGUUCCUGAUGGAUUACGACUGCCGCAGACACGGGCUCAUCUGCAUGGUGUGUGGAGCCACGUUGGCCACGCUGAAGGUCAGCACCAUCAAGAGGCACAUCCAGCAGGUGCACCCGCGCUCGCUGUACUACAGCGGCGAAGAGAAACAGGAGGCCCUGCUGAGCUACAACCAGACCGCCCUGCACUUUAUCCACUCCGACGACUGCUUCUCCCAGGACCACGGACACACCGAGCUGGCGCCCACCCCAGCACACUUUGGCACUUAGAAAGGGCUUCAUCUGUCGACCCCUGGUCAGAACAACAGCCUCAAGGGAGAGUCCACUAUUUAGGAAAAAGGGUCUUAAAAACAUAUUUCUGUCCUCACUACCAAACCCAUCUCUCAGAAAUUAUUUUCAUAUGGAACUAAACCGCAACUAC